AUGAAACUGUGCUUGGAGUUCGGUGGUGGAGCAGAACUUCUUUUCGGAAAGGUUAAGGAGCACUUGGUGGAGGUGCCCCAUUCAGUGUCCACUUUGAAAGAUCUACUCCUUUGGAUAAGAGACAACUUGUUACAGGAGCGGCCGGAGUUAUUUCUUCAGGGCAACAAAAUCCGCUCAGGUAUUCUCGUUCUCAUCAACGACACUGACUACAGUCUGCUCGGGGAAGAUGAAUACGUUUUAUGUGAUUCGGACAAAGUUGCUUUCAUAUCCUCACUACAUGGUGGUUAA